GAUCAUUUAUACCCUUCAUCUGCAGCUGGCACUGUAUCGAACCUGACCUCUAGGAGCUUUUAAUCAAAAUUAAUUUUCUAUCCACAAAGGGGCAAAUGCCAGCUGGUCCCUGUGCCAGGCAGCCUGCUAGAGAGGUUCUCUUCAGCGGUGGGCCACCGGUGCGCUGCGGACGAGCUCGUGGUCCGCGGUCCAUUCUUCCCGCCUUGCUUAGAAAGGGAGCCACAACCCUCUGGUGGCGGGAGCAGAAGCCCGGUUCAGUUCUCCAGCCGCCUACCGCAAUAAGCACAAAGAACCUUGCAAACUGAUGAAUACCUACUAGGAUCUGGGGGGAAAGGGAGAAAACCGGUUGAUAUGAUCUGUCAAAUAGAAAACUACCCGAGUACAUUCUGACCACUUUUUGAGAGAACUCAAUCAUGUCCCAUCUUUGCAUAUAAAAGCUCCAAUCCCUCCAAAACCCUCCUACGGUGUAGAUACUCCAUAAAUAACCUUUUUUUUUUUUUUUUUUGCACCUAGAGCUCAACGCCCUGGCUCCGCUCCCUACAGUCACCACCACGUAGGUCCAAAUGUAGUAACGGUAAGAAGCAGGAUGCAAUUAAUCAGGGAAAGGUUACACGCUCAAAUUCUCAUGAAGCAAAGCACACGGCUUACAAUACAUCAGAUAUUAGAAAAACUGUGCGAAGCAAGGCAAGCUCUUUUGCUCCGUGGGGCAAAUUAUUCCUUUCUAAAUUAGAUUUCCCAUUAAAGCCCAAGGUAGGUUCUGAUGCGGCACCUGACACGAUGAAAACUUGCAGUCUAGGGCGCAGAGAUGAGGGAUUUCGGCACCUCUUCACCCCAAUACAUUACUCAGUUAUAAUUCCCUGCAUUUUACACAAAAAUUCAAAAGCGGUCGCGGCGGAAUCUUCUCGAACGGGGCUAAAAUGGAACUCAGGAGGCGGGGGUCGGUGUGGAAAGAGCAGGAGGAUUAUUUUUCCCUCUCCUGGCGAAUGAGAUGCUCCCCCCUACCACCCCUCCUCAUGGCCCCCCUCAGCGCGCAUGCGCAGUCAGGCAGCACUCGACUACUUAAGGCGCGGCCACCGCGGCUGCGGCAGUGCGCCCAACAGCGGACUCCGAGACUAGCGGACCUCGGCGAACCCGCGGCCUCACUCCAACACCGACCUACCACUCUCGGAACCAUGGCGGCAGUGGCUGCAGCCUCGGCUGAACUGCUCAUUAUCGGCUGGUACAUCUUCCGCGUGCUGCUGCAGGUGUUCCUGGAAUGCUGCAUUUACUGGGUAGGAUUCGCUUUUCGAAAUACUCGAGGGACACAGCCCAUUGCGAGAAGUGAGGUGUUCAGGUACUCCCUGCAGAAGCUGGCGUACACAGUGUCCAGAACCGGGCGGCAGGUGUUGGGAGAGCGCCGGCAGCGAGCCCCCAACUGAGGCCCCGGCCCCCAGCCCUGGGCGGCCAUGUCACCAGGUGCUCCUGUGCAUCUCGGCCAGCAUGGGAGCCAGUGCCGCGCAGGAAUGGGGGGUCCCCUGUGCUCUCUCGUCAGAGGAGCACUUGCCAAGGUCAGUGAGGGGCCAGUAAGCCUCCGGAGAAGCAGCACCGAUAAUGACGACAAUAACAGAGCCCUUACCCCUUUGCACCGGUCCCACUGCGGGUUGGGGUAGAGGGAGAAGGGGGUACAGGGGGAGCAGACUGUGAGAUCUGGGCACAGGCAUCGCGUUCUGAUCUGGACCAAGUUGGGACAGCGACAUCCCAGCCUCGCAGCCUUGGCCAUGCCAACAGGCCCCACCACGGAGAUCCAGACAACUACACCAGCCAGCAGAAUGGACAUUCCAGCACCACCAGCUGAAGCCCUGAAUCUCAGUGCAGCAGAAAAGGCACCAACUGUGUGCCAGUGUGGCGGGACUGGAGGGCUCCAGUGAGGGAGGAGGGUUAAGAAAUUAACGGGGCCCUCUCAUUGACCCUUGCCUGUGGCACAUUCAUUCCAGCCCUGCUGCCUUUGCUUCCUCUAUUCCUCUUUCCCCAAAACCUCUUCCCCCCAUCACUGCCUCCCCAGCUCACCCACCCUAAAGAAAUGCCAUUUGAUCUGGACCUAUUCAACCAGUAAACUAAUCCCAUCUUUACUAAAACACCUUCUCUGAGUCCCCAGCCGCUCACUGAUCUUGCUUUUCCCUGGUCUCACGCAAUUGUGGUCAAUGUUGUGGUAAUCGCUAAUUGUACUAAUUGUAUAAGUGUGCAUUAGUUGUGUCUCCCCAGCUAGAUUGUAAGCUCCUGGAGGACAGGGACCACCUCUACAAAAAAAUAAAACUCAGUACCUCCCCCAUUGCACAGUGUCCCAGGACCCUGUGGGGUGGUAGAGGCGCUCAAAAAGUUGUCUCUUGUGACUUAUUUCUCAACUUCCAAUGUGAAGAAUGGACCGAUCUGCCCAUUGCUGAGUGGGGACACGGCCUGGGAGCAGGUGGGGCAGGGGAAGCAACAAA